AUGUCAAGUAGCUAUUUACCAAGCUAUGAAGAGGCCUCGGCCUCUUCAACUUACUCUCAGCAAACAUACGUUUACAAUUAUGACAAGAAAGCGUAUGAAGCUGCCCCUGCAGGUACUACUGAGCCUCAGUAUAUUUACAAUUACGAUAAAAAAUGCUACGAAGCAGCGGGAACUCAAACCAAUUCUAGUACUCCCACUGCAACUCAGUCUACUACUGCAUACGCACAGAAUACAUACACACAAACUACAGCCACAACACAACCAGCAAAUGUUUCCACAACCAAUGUCUAUAACACUUACGUAAGUGGAUCUGCUGUAGAAAGAGGUUUUGUACCAAGAGGCCCACCUCCCCCAAGGGGUCCACCACCUCCAAUGCAUGGUUUCCCACCACCUCCAGGAGGCCCACCUCCUCCAAGAGGCCCACCACCUCCAAGGGGCCCACAUUUUGGACAGGGCCCUCCACAUCCAGGUCCACACCAGCCAAGGGGUCCUCCAAUGGGCGGCCCUCAAAGGUGGUGA